UACGCAGUUGAGAAUUGACUUCGAACGGAAGAACAAUGCUUCAUUCUGUCAGAACAAGAAUAUAAUUAAAAAUAAGAUCAAUGUGAAAGUGUUGUUGUCAAGCUGCUGCUGUCAGUUUCAAAUAUUUGCAGCUUCUGAAUUUCAUCGUCUGACAUUUUUUGUGUUUAUAUUCUGGUAUCUGUUUGUUUUUGCUCUAUAUUUAGAAGUCAUUUUGAACGUUUUCGCUCGAAAAUUGUACUUCAGUGUCAUAAAUGUGUGUUGUACGAACGAUCAAUUUGUAAUUUGUGGAUAGAAAUUAAUGAAGAAAGAAAAUUAAAAGGAAAAGACGAAAGAAAUAAAAAAAAAGAAUCAAGAAGCUGUGUGUUAAUAGUUGAAUUCGAAACAAGAAAUAAGUAAACGACAGAAUUUUACCAAAAAAAUAUCGGCAGUUUCAAAUCGAUUGAAGUGAACAGUGAACGCUGUUUAAAUUCGAGAAAUUUUUGGUGAACGAGAUCAGUCAAAAUGGAAAAUGGCCAACAAUCGAACGGUUGUGUCAGCUGGAGAUCCGUUGGAAUUGUACUAGGAUGCCUCAAAAUAAUAGAGAGUCUCGGUUUUGGACUAUUUUUCCUAAUUAUAUUUGGCUUGUAUAUGGGCUUGGUUGCUAUCGCCAUUCUGGCCAUAUACGUUCUAAAUGGAAUCGCAAGUGUCUUCUGGCUUGUAGGCAUUUAUAACAAAAAGCCUGGAUAUUUAUUAUUAUCCCUUAUAUGGUGGCUCAUUCCUUUAUCUAUCAUGAUUUUCUUGGCAGUCAUCCUUUUGAUAAGGGGAUCAAGUGAAAUUUUUGAUAGCAAAGAGCUACACGAAGAGAAUGGAAUCGGUCAUCACUCAACGAAUUUAUUCAAUUUGUUGAUAAUUGGCAGUGCAGUUGGUGGAGUGUUUUUCUAUACAUUAUCUGUGAUAUGCUAUAUCAAACUAAAGGCAGACGUUCAACAAUACACAUCGGAAAUUCCAAGACUGGACGUGGCGUAUGCUACAGCGCCUGAAUUCGAUAUUUAUUGAAAGAAACUUCAUUGUACUUGUAUUCCAUGAAAAAUCGUUUUUUUUUCUGUGUAGUACAUUUUACGGUCAAAUGAACAAAAACAACAACACACUUACAAAUCAUUCUGCUCUUACCAUCAAAACGCUCUUACCACAAAUUUUGCGAUUGAUUUUUUUUCAAUGUGAAAUAACCAUUUAGUUGUAAAAUCCUAUAGCAAACCUUUUUAUCAUUUCCUAAUGGAUAUCUGGUAAUGAAUCUUUUGUAAAAAUUCGAUAAAAAAACUGAUAAGAAUAUGAAUAAAACUUCGAAAAUCAAUAUUGAAAAUCAUAUUAAUUUGCGUAACUAGUUUAACAAAUAAUACAUAAUCCAAAUACAUCAACAUGAAAAUGUUCUGCUAUGGCAUUUAGACUGCCGUCAAACGUUUCCAAUAAAUCCAAACGAUUAUGAAAAU